CGUCCCCAAAUUUAGAACUCCCCGCCCUCUCCAUUCCCGAAAUCUCUCUAUAAAAAUACCCCACUCAAUCAGCAUCCACGCCAAAAACCCUACCAGAUAUUCCCCUCUCGAAUUCCCAAAACGCCCCUAUCUCUACAUUUUCUUCUUCUUCUUCCCAGAAUCUCCUCUCUGGCCAUGCCGUCGAUGCCUGCCGGCGCCGGCGCCGGCGCCGUCGAGGAGCUGGAGGAGCCGCUCCUCGCCCCGACCCCCGACCGCCUGUCGAUGUUCCCGAUCCGGUAUCCCCAGGUGUGGGAGAUGUACAAGAAGGCCGUCGCCUCUUUCUGGACAGCCGAGGAGGUCGACCUCUCCGCCGACCUCCCCCACUGGCUCCACACCCUCACCCCCGACGAGCGCCACUUCAUCUCCCACGUCCUCGCCUUCUUCGCCGCCUCUGACGGUAUCGUCCUCGAGAACCUAGCCGCCCGCUUCAUGUCCGACGUCCAGAUCGCCGAGGCCCGCGCCUUUUACGGCUUCCAGAUAGCCAUCGAAAACAUCCACUCCGAGUUGUAUUCUCUUUUGCUGGAAUCCUACAUCAAAGACCCUGACGAAAAGGACCGCCUUUUUCGUGCCGUCGAGACGGUUCCGGCGGUGGCGAAGAAGGCCCAGUGGGCGCUCCGGUGGAUCCAGUCCUCGGACUCUUUCGCGGAGCGCCUCGUGGCCUUCGCCGCUGUUGAAGGGAUCUUCUUCUCCGGCUCCUUCUGCUCCAUCUUCUGGCUCAAGAAGCGAGGCCUCAUGCCGGGCCUCACUUUCUCCAACGAGCUCAUCUCUCGCGAUGAGGGCCUCCACUGCGACUUCGCCUGCCUCCUCUACUCCCUCCUCAACCGCAAGCUCCCCGAGGACCGCAUCAAGUCGAUCAUCGCCGACGCUGUCGACAUCGAGAGGGAGUUCGUCUGCGACGCGUUGCCCGUGGCGCUUGUGGGGAUGAAUGGGGAUUUGAUGAGCCAAUACAUCGAGUUCGUGGCGGAUCGUCUCUUGGGGGCGUUGGGAUGCGGGAAGUUGUACGGGGCAGCGAAUCCGUUCGAUUGGAUGGAGCUGAUAUCGCUCCAAGGGAAGACUAAUUUUUUCGAGAAGAGGGUCGGGGACUACCAGAAGGCGGCGGUGAUGUCGAGCUUGAAUGGGAAUGGCCAUGGAGGGAACCAUGUGUUCAAGUUAGACGAGGAUUUCUGAAUGAUUCUUUCUCUGUAAUAAUUUCACUGUUGCUUUCUUUCAGGUGAGUUUGCUUUGGUUGAAGGUUUAUGUAUGUUUAUAAGAAGUCUAAUAUACUAUAAAUGAUCUUUUGGAAAGCCAUAGAUUGUCUUUUGUUUUGUGUUUGUAUAGUGUGGAAUGGUGUAUUCCAAUGA